AUGACCCUUUCAGAGCAGCAGAUCAAGGUCAUCUCGGAACACCCACUCAAUAAUGCGCUAGAUGCCCUCCAAAACAAAUUCCGCGAUAUCAGCGGGUCGGAUGAUGCCCCUCGACAGGAAGAUAUUGCUGGUAUAUUAGGCACUCUACUCUGCUCUACCGCUGCAUUCAACUUGGCUCUUCGGGACGGAAGCACUGUUGCAACCAAGUUAUUCUCCAUAUUGCAGCAUGUUCGGGGGGCGGGGGCGGGGGGCGAAAGACUCGGCCCAUUUCGCCCUCUCAUCCAUCAUAUCGUCGAAAAAUCCCUGGACGAAGUGAUAUGGACUGAAGUCUUCAACAUAAUUGAUAUUUUCGGUCAGCUUACGCCCCCUGUUUCUAGAAUCAACCCGACGUUUAACGGAACGCCUGUCAAGUCCAGCUCCAGUCGACUUGCUGAUAGCGAAACGUGUGCUAUUGUCGAAGGAGAACUCUUCGAAGAGAUAAAGAAUUGCACUUUUCGCAAUGUGGGCGGAUUCUGGGAUAAAUUCUUUGACUCCAAGAGCUGGUGCGAGGCACAUAAGAAGAUGCUACGAGGAAUAAUGUCAGAGCACGAUGGAAAGAGGUGGACGAGUUUCCCGCCUGUCACCGACGAAAAACCUGUCUGGGAUUGGCUUCGCUCUCUAGAAGACCGUUUCCUAGCUGAUGCUCCCUACAAGCUCCAUACUACCACGACCGCCAACCAGUUUAAGGAACGGAAAGGCCAGAUGGAUUUCUUCUUCCGAACACCAGCCACCGCCGCAAACGGCACCUUUGAAUACAAAGAUGUCCUCGUCGUUGGCGAGCAAAAGAAGUCGUAUGACUCAGGCAGAUUCAAGGCGGAUCUCCUUCAACUUUCGCGCUACGUGCGAAGCGUCUUCGCCGACUUACCGACUCGUCGAUUUGUCCAUGCGUUCACCCUCUGUGCUUCCACUAUGGAGCUGUGGGUAUUUGAUCGAUCUGGGGCUUACAGUUCGGGGCCGUUUGACAUUCAUGACGAACCGGAUAAGCUUGCCCGGGCUCUUGUCGGGUACAGUACGAUGGGGAACGAUGCGAUGGGUUUAGACACAUUUAUUAAUCAAGUCCACGGUCAUCAACAUGUCACAUUAAGCGACUUAAAUGGCGCUGAGAUGAGAAUCAGGCUGGGGCGGCCAAUAGUGAGGCAGAAAGCUAUUGUGUGUCGGGGAACUACAUGCUUCGAGACUCGAAAUAGUCAGGUCGCCAAAUUCUCGUGGGUACCCGAUAAGAGAAAGCCAGAGGUGGAAACUCUAAAGCUAGCAGAAGAACGGGGUGUUCAGGGAGUGGCUAGAGUAGUUGCGUACCGCCAAAUUACCACUGUUGCAGAGUUGCGAGAGGGACUGCAGUUUCCGGACCGCCAUCGGUUUCGGAAUGAAGAAGUCCACUACUUUGACGAUCUGGGUCUAUCAAGCAUAAAGAUACCAGCAAGCACGAUGGCAAGCACAGAGAUGCCAGCAAGCACAGAGAUGCCAGCAAGCACAGAGAUGCCUGCCAGCACACGACGACCUGCCAGCACACAUAGGCUAACAAGCAUGAAAAGGUCAGGCCAGAAGCGCAAGUCAGGGUCCGAUCAUACGUCUGACAAUUCGUCAAAUUCCAAGAGAUUGCGCUUCAGUAGCGCAAGGCUGAAACAUCGUACAGCGGUUAGCAAUCAGCUGUCGGUUGAUAGGGCUGGGUCGAACCUGCACACACCUGGGGAGGACUUGUGGGAGAAUAGGAUAUACUCCUGUCUUGUUAUCUCGCCAGCAGGCCGAGUCAUCAGCAGCUUCAAUACAGUCAAGGAACUGUUAGAGUCACUCCGUGACGCAAUCAAGGCACACCGAUCCCUCUACACGAUGGGCAAGAUUCUCCAUCGUGACAUCUCACCAAACAAUAUCAUAAUCACGAAGCCUAAGGCGGAGGAUGGCUUCAAGGGCAUGCUCAUCGACCUUGACCUUGCGAAGGUGAGAGACAGUGGUCCAAGCGGAGCUCAGUAUCAAACUGGUACAAUGCAAUUUAUGGCAAUAGAGGUUUUGCGCAACGUUGACCAUACUUACCGUCAUGACCUGGAAUCUUUUUUUUAUGUUUUAAUAUGGAUGUGCGGGCGUGAAUCUUGGAACAAGACCUUUACCCUUGGUGAGCUACCGCCAAAUGGCAGUCGACUUCGCCUGUGGGAAAUUGGGGGCUCCAUCGCAAUGUCUGAUUCUAAGGCAUAUCAUAUGACCAGAGAUGGUAUAGAUCUGAUUAUGAGGGAGUUUCCGGCGGCAUUGAAUAUUGUCAAGCCUCUUUGCCUAAAAAUCAGGAAGAUUCUCUUCCCAGUAGAUGCAGAGGGCAGCGUGAACAUCGGGACUCCUGCGGGGGACCCCGAUCGGCUGUACAGACCCAUCAUAGAAGCAUAUGAUGCGACUAUUCGCUGCCUAUAG